AUGUUAAAAGCAAUAACGACAAUAACAACUGUAACUAUAACUUUACUUUAUUUCCUACUUCUAUCUCUUACAUAUCCUUAUGUAUGUUGGUUUAAAUAUCGACCAACAAAUGAUGAUAAUAAUAAUCAUUACAUACCAUCAACUGAUACUAUUAUUAAUAAACGAUUGUUAAAACUAUGUACAAAAAAAUAUUCACUCGAUCUAAUGCCUAUGCCUUCAAAAAUAAUUAUGCCUGAUCAAGCAACAACUAUACAUAUUCCAUCGAUUAUUGCUAUUAAAACAAAACAUUCUUUACCAUUUCCAACAUUGAAAUCAUCUAAGAAUGCUUCAUUUAUUCUUUUUAUUGAUUAUGAGUUUGAUAAAGAAAAUAAUUUUUAUCCCGAUUUAGGUAUUGAUGAAUCCUAUGAAUUAAAUAUAACCUCGAAAUAUAAUGCUUCAUUAUAUGCUAAGACAUAUGUUGGUAUAAUUCGUGGUCUUUCAACUUUUCAACAAUUACAAUAUCAAAGAAAAGUACCCGUACCUCUAUUAAUUUAUGAUAAACCUCAUUUUAUUUGGCGUGGUUUAAUGAUUGAUGUUGCACGUCAUUUUAUUCCAAUAUCAAUUAUUAAAAAAACACUUGUUUAUAUGAAAUUAGUUAAAUUAAAUGUAUUACAUUUACAUUUAUCGGAUGAUCAAGGUUUUCGUCUUGAAUCGAAACGUUUUCCACGACUUCAUGAUACUGAACAAUUUUAUUCUCAAGAUGAUAUUCAAGACCUUAUUGAAUAUGCUCGACAACGCGCUAUUCGUAUUGUACCAGAAUUUGAUAUACCUGCACAUACAACAGCAUGGUUUGUUGGUUAUCCACAUUUAUCAAGUAGUCAAAAAAGUUCGUAUGAAUUAGAAAAAACUUGGGGUGUUCAUAAUGCAACAAUGGAUGUUACACGUCAAAGUACAUAUGAUUUUCUUGAUAAAUUUUUUUUUGAAAUGAUUCAGUUAUUUCCUGAUAAAUAUUUUCAUAUUGGUGGUGAUGAAUGUGAACCAUAUGAAUGGAUGCAAUCCGAACAUAUACAAAAAUUUGUUAGACAACAUAGAUUACAUCAUCAUCAUGAUUUACAAGCAUAUUUUACUAGACGAAUAGAAAAAUUAUUAAAGAAAUAUAAUCGUAAGUACAAAUCUUAUUCAAAUUACAACGUACCAGUUCAUUACCUUCUUCUCGAAUAUCUAGAAGGUAUUCAUAAGGACUAUAAACUUCAUAAAUGUGUAUAUAUACUUAAACGACACAAUUUAUGA